AUGCUGAUUAGGUCCUCAAGACCCUUGAGGCUCUUUCGCAUAGCGCCAAUUGUCGACUACAAGCCCGGGGCUGGAGUCGUCUACCAUCCCUCCAGCCACGAUGCCCAUUUGAACGAGCAGCUCAGGCGGGAACGCGCUGCCGCCAAAGGCAUAAGGCUCCCGGUACGCAAGGAUUGCCUGCACGACCAGCUAAACCCGGACGGCAUUGUCCAAAAUGAGUGGAUGGACUUUAAAAUUCAGAGGCAGCCCAUGCGCGGGGACUCUGAUUUCCGCGGUUACCUCUCACCUCACGUGGACGCAUUCAGGGAGGACGAUAUUGCAAAGUUCUACAACCUCAAGGACAUGUACGAGAGGGUCUCUGUCAAGGAACUUUUGACCUCCAUGAAGUAUGGCGCGAGAUACACUUUCGUCCUCUAUAGCGGACUGCUGCUCCCAUACCUCCUGCUCUUUAUUGCAUACCACCUCAACAACAGGCUGGAGCCCCUCGAGCUCGGUAUAGAACCUGAGGAGUACAACAAACACGUCUUGUGGCAUCUACUGGGUCAUAGACUGGAUCGCCAGGCAUACAUACAAUACGCAGAAGCGAGAAGAACACGCAAAUGGAGAGAUGAUACCAUCAAUCCAGAAGACUACAUCCCGCCAAAGUACAGACUUGUACAAACAUACAAGGAAUUAGAGCUUUAA